AGUCAACAACCUUUUUUUUUAUCAGUUUAUCUUAACGAUGAAUUUAUCCGAAAAACGGCAAAGUUAUGAACUUGUCCGUAGUCGAUCCUAUUCAAUCGGCGACUGAUCGCAUCGAGAAGUUUGCGGUUACAUGGAGCUCUAAUUGAGGUCAAGUAAAGGGACAUAACUGUUUAUUUUGAUCAAAUUUACGACAGUUUGCAAGAGUAGCCUAAAUGUUAGUCAAGCAUACAAACCAUAUUCUAAAUAGCGAUCGUUAUCUUAAUAUUUAUAAAGACUACCUUUUUACGGAAAUUGGUGAAUAGUUAGUAAAGUCUUUCUGUUAUAAUGCCGAAAGUUAAAACAGUAAAGAAAUCUACACCAACAAGAAAAACAAAAACAUUAAAAUCAUCAAAAUUAUCAAAUGGUGCUCAAAUAAACAACCAAGUUUCAUCUACCAUACCAACACAAAAACCUUCCAUGUCUGUCCAGAAACUGAUCAAAACAUUAAAAACUAAAUAUUCUGCAGCUAAGAAUAAGACAUAUGCAGCUAAGAUCAAACAGUAUAUGAGGAAUCAGUAUGAAUUUAUUGGAAUAAAAGCUCCUGAAAGACGAGCUAUAAAUAAAGAGAUUUUUGAAGCCCAUCCAGUACUGAAUCAUCCAGAUAUAUAUCAGUUAUUUUAUUUAUUAUGGCAAGAAGAAGAAAGAGAUUAUCAAUGUUUUGUAUUAGAUUAUUGUGAUAAAUAUAUUAAACAUAUAAAUCACCCAGACUGGAAUGAUCAAAAUCUAGAAGUUCUUAAACAUUUAAUUACAAAUAAAAGUUGGUGGGAUACUGUUGAUCUUCUGGCAUCUAAAGUUGUUGGAAUAUUAGUAUUAAGUGAUAGAGAGAAGUAUUCUCAACUAAUGGAUGAAUGGAUAUCUGAUGAUAAUAUGUGGAUUAGAAGAACAGCUAUAUUACAUCAAUUAAAUUAUAAACAUAAAACAGAUACUGAUAGACUGUUUAGAUAUAGUUUGCAGUGUGCUCACGAAAAGGAAUUUUUCAUACAGAAAUCUAUAGGAUGGGCAUUGAGAAACCAUUUUCGAACCGAUCCAGAUCUCAUCAAAACAUUUGUUUCUAAAAACAAAUCCAAGCUAGCCACUCUCAGUGUUCGUGAAGCAUUAAAACAUGCUUAAUCAGUAAUCUUACAGUAAAAAUGUUCUGUUCAAGAAAAGAAGAAUUGUUCCAUUAAAGGGACAAUAACACUCUUGCUGGCUUGAAAGCUCCAGAAAAUAAAUAAUCUCUCUUUCUAAGUACUAGAUGUUUAAGUGUCCUACCUGUUGUGUAAAUUAUCCAUUACAUCCUAUUUUACUUGUCCAGAGGGUUCGAAAAUAUUUUUAAAUCGAAGUUUCAUUUGAAAAGGUUUACGUUAGACGUUUCAAACCAUUAAAGGCAUUAUGUUGAAUUUUUCAAAAUUUUUAAAUAAGGUGUGUUAAGAUGAAAUUUGUAUCAUCAAUUGAUUGAAAUAUUCUAAAAUAGUACAAUUUGUUGACCAGAAUAAAGAUUGGGACAUAUUAUUCAGUUACAACAAGAGUGGUAUUAAGCCUUUAAUGGUGUACAUAGAAUAUAUAGACUAAAGAAAUAAAAUGAAAUGGGGUUUAACGUCCUACUGUUAUGCGCCUAUUAUAGACUAAAGUAGUGAUCCGUGAUCCCAUUUUCUAAAAUAUACAAAAAACAUAUUCCCACCAAAAAAGCCAGAUUUACACUGGCAUAACUUCUUAGCAAAUCGGCAAGACUAUGCCUUAGGAAUGAAAAUUUAUGUGAUGUGUAUGAAAUGGUUUACCCAGGACUUGAUUGAAUAUGAAUUGAGGUUUAACAUCCUAUGUUCUGCACCAAGCAGGCUAAUCAAGACAGGCAUAUUCCAUACAAUGUGCUAUAGAAAUUUUUCUCGUAAUGUAGCGUUACAGCCAGCUCUUAAUUCAGUUUCUUACUGUCAGGGGAUCUUUAAUGUGCCAUGAAUAUUGAACACCCAGGACCAUGGGUUUUUUUUUGUCCCAACCUGGGUAACUUCCUCCAGCUUAGUGGAUUGCCAGGUAACUUAAAUGGGUUCAUUCUUGUUGAUUUAAAUAUUAUUCAUGUUUUAUUGUAUUGUGGAAUUUUAAUACAUAUAUUACAUUAGAAUAUUAUUUUGGAUAGGCAUUCAGUCCA